AUGUCAGAAACCGUCAAACCCAUGCCCAAGCGCAUCAUCAUAUGCUGUGAUGGCACAUGGCAAUCUGCUGUUUCAGGUGAAAAGAACAGCCCUUCUAAUGUCACACGACUGGCUCGCUGUCUGAACCGUGUCGCCGUCGAGGAUGAUGGCAAGACUUGGCAGCAGAUUGUGUGGUAUGACAGCGGUGUUGGAACGACAUCCAGCUGGCUCGGAAAGAAGCGAGAGGGUGCUAUUGGUGCCGGUCUCGAGGGAAAUGUCAUCGAAGCCUAUAAUUUUGUCGCGCUCAAUUGGUCGCCGGGUGAUCAAGUUUUAUGCUUCGGCUUCUCAAGGGGUGCCUACACAGCCCGGUCGAUUGCUGGACUUAUCUCGGAUAUUGGCAUCUGUGAGCCGAGGAAGUUGCAGGACUUUCACGAAAUCUGGGAAUUAUACAAGGCCAAUAAAUCGGGCAAGAGGUUCCAUGGGAGCCAAGCAUGGUUCGAUUACCUCGAUGGUAUUCCAGCCGACGACAAAGAUCAGCCUGAUGAUCUUGGCUACAGGAAGAUGAACUUUGUUUGGAAGAAGCCACCAAGGGGCGAUUGGGCAAUUAGCCCAGAGUCCAGGGAGAUUGAAGUUGUGGGCGUGUUUGAUACAGUCGGCGCCUUGGGCUUGCCAGAUGUACAAGGUUUCAAGUUGGAGUGGGGAUCAGACAAGUAUGGCUUCCACAAUGUGAAGCUGAACCCAAAUAUCAAGCGUGCCUAUCAUGCACUUGCUUUAGACGAGCACCGUGAGGCAUUUUCGCCUACCCUUUGGUACUUGCCGGAGCAUAUAGAUAUAACAGAGGAAGACCUGGAAAAAAAGGAAAAAGAAGUCGAAGAAGCACUGAACAACUGGUAUUCAGUAGCAUACGACAAAAAGACUCCUCUGGGAGAGAGACAAAGACUCAAGACUAUCUAUAAUGAUGCCCGACGCGACUUAUGCCGUAUGAGGGAGUAUAGCAAAGGCCAAUCUGAACUGCUUCAAGUUUGGUUCCCGGGAGUCCACAUCAACAUUGGUGGCGGCUCCAGCGACACGCUGAAGAAUGAAGGCGACCUUGAAGAAAUGGCCAACAUUACUUUUGCUUGGAUGCUCGAUCAAAUCAGCCCCUAUGUCUCCAUCAAUGAGACAGUUGUAUAUCAAGACUCGCGAGUCCGCCAAGAACUUAUUGAUGACCUUAAUGUGCAACAACGCAAGUACGAAGAGUUAGACAAGAGCAAAAAAGAUGAAGCCAAACGAAGCUGGGCCAAAUGGGCGAAUCAAACGCUGAGCACUACCGCAAGCGCACUCCUGCAUCCUUUGAGCAAACCUAAAAACCCAAAUGAAAAUCGCCAUGAUUUUGGUUGGGGUACUGGCACUAUAGUUGACAGCUACAUUAUGAUGUACUGGCCAAAUGGCUCCAAGCCUCGUACGCCAAAAGCCUACGAAAAGGACAAAAAGCAUACCGUUUCUGGAGAGACUAAUGAACAAAUUCAUCCUACAGUUGGAUACCGAAACUUUAGCUUUCAAAAGCUUAAAGAGGAUCUCCAAUACACUCCCAUGGGCUUAGGAAGGGGGAAAAACAAAGGCCUUGUCUAUGCCAGACGGCAAAACAGCGAGGGCAAGUUCGAGUAUCAGCUUGACAAAGUUGUUUUGCCAGAGUAUGUGAUGCCGGCAAAGAAUAAGAAAGGGGGAGUCAGCUUUGAGAGAUUUGCUCUGGCGUUGGCAUGGGAGAAAACGGAAGAGUAUAUUAGGGGCCUGGAUAAAGGGAAUGGCAUCCCCCAUGAGAAUAUACCUCUCAAGCAUGAGUAUAUACCUCCCAGCCAUGAGGAUAUACCUCUGUAA